GUUGCCUUGCAGCAAAUUUUGGCGUUUUGCUGGUUCGAAACGGUUUUCUCUCAUGGUUUUGUGAUACGAAAUGUUUAUUUACUUGAGCAAAAAGAUCGCGAUUCCGAACAACACGAAGCUCAAUUGUAUCUCUUGGAAUCAGCAGCAGGGAUGGAUAGCGUGUGGUGGCGAAGAUGGACUCCUAAAAGUCUUAAAACUCGACAGUCAAACAGGAGGAGAUGGUCGUGUACGAGGCUUAGCAGCGACAAGUAACCUAUCAAUGAAUCAGACCCUUGAAGGACAUUCAGGUGUAGUCAAGGUCGUUCGAUGGAAUCAUUUUCAUCAGAAGCUGACUACCAGCGACCAGUACGGUCUCAUCAUUGUCUGGUUGCUAUACAAAGGCUCUUGGUACGAAGAAAUGAUUAACAAUCGCAACAAGAGCGUCGUGCGCGACAUGAAAUGGAAUUCCGACGGCGAGAGAAUCUGUAUUGUGUACGAAGACGGCGCGGUCAUCGUCGGUUCUGUCGACGGCAACAGGAUUUGGGGAAAGGAAUUGAAGGGCAUCAAUUUAACACACGCUGAAUGGUCUCCUGACGGACGAAACCUGCUGUUCGGCACCACAACGUCCGAAGUGUUGAUCUACGACAAUCAAGGGAUGCUAGUCUCGAAAUUACAGCUCCACUGUUUGGCGAAUGUAACUGGAGCUUUCAAGUUGGCAGGCAUCCAGUGGUACAAUGGAAGGUAUGGUUAUGUGGAGCGAGACUGUCCUUGUCUUGCGGUUUGCUUUGAUAAUGGGAGGUUACAGAUUAUGCGUCAUGAAGUUGACAACUAUCCUGUCCUAAUAGACACUGGCAUGAGUGUAGCAUGCAUUGACUGGAAUCAUUGUGGUUCAGUACUUGCUGUUGCUGGUUCACAGUCAUCUCCAGGAUUACCAGAAUCAACUAAAGAAUGCAACGUAGUACAGUUCUACACUCCUACUGGAGAGCAUCUGAGGACUCUGAAAGUGCCCGGCAAGCAAAUGCACUGCUGUUCGUGGGAAGGCGGAAGUUUGCGUAUAUGUUUGGCUGUCGACUGCUACAUCUACUUCGCCAACAUCAGACCAAACUACAAAUGGGGCUUUUGUACAAACACGGUCGUGUAUGCGUACACAAAACCUCAGACGAGUGAGCAGUUUGUUGCCUUUUGGGAUAUCAAGAACAAUGAGAGAAAUACAAAGAAUAUGAAGCAUGUGUUGUCGGUCACUGCUUAUGGUGACGUGUGUUGUUUAGCAACUCGAAGUCAUGAUGGCAAUGGACAGUAUUUACUUGUUAUGUGCAAUUCAAUCGGAACAACUCUCGACAGCAGAUACAUUGAUUUGGUGUUGCGUGGAUGGAUGGAUUUGUAACAAAGACAGAGAUGUGUUGAGAGGUUACACAGUCGAUCUGUUAUCUAGAGCCACUUCACGUUGCUGUGUCACG